AUGUCAUGCUUGUUUUCGAGUGCAAUUGUACAUUACAUCGGGAUCAAGGGCGCACUCAUUUUUGGGACGAUCGGUUACGCUCCUUAUGCCGCUGGUCUUUAUACGAAAAGCCGAUAUGAUAUUGACUGGCUCCUACUCUUCGGGGCAGCACUCUGUGGUGUUUCAGCUGGUGUAUUUUGGAUGGCAGAAGCAGCUAUUGCUAUCGCAUAUCCUGAGCCAUGGAACAAGGGGAAGGCUUUAGGCUAUUGGCUCACCUAUCGACUGUCGGGUCAAAUCAUUGGGGGCGCGGUGAACCUUGGCCUUAAUGCAGACCGCAACACCGCAGGACAAGUUUCCUACACAGUCUAUAUCCUCUUCAUCGCUAUUCAAGCAGCCGGCCCCUUCGUCGCUCUUCUGCUCAACAAGCCUGACAGAGUGCAGCGGAGAGACGGGAAGACAGUCAAAUUGGAAAUCCUCCUGAAUCCUUGGGUUGAGAUAAAAAAGACUGUGAGGCUUUUCUUUACCAAGAAAUUCCUUUUCAUAGUGCCCUUCAUCGGACAGGCAGUCUUUGCUGAAGCGGUAUUCUUCACCUACUUGUCUUGUAAGUUGAUGUAA